CAAUGGCUUCAAUUUCCAUCCCUGAAAUCACCCUCAACUCCGGCACAGGCAAAAUCCCCGCCUUGGGAUUUGGCACCGCCGCCGACCCGCCCGUCGAUUCACUCACCACCAAAACCGCCGUUUUGCAAGGCAUUGAGCUCGGUUACAGGCAUUUCGACACCGCCGCUCUUUACAACUCAGAGCAGCCACUCGGGGAAGCCAUAGCCGAAGCCGUGGACCGCCGCUUGAUCGGAUCCCGCCGCGACUUGUUCAUAACCUCUAAGCUAUGGUGCACCGACGCUCAUCCCCAACACGUCGUCCCAGCCCUCAACACAACACUCAAGAAUCUCGGUACAGAUUACAUCGAUUUGUAUUUGAUUCAUUGGCCGGUGAGUGCUAAGGCCGGAAAAGUUGAAUACCCAAUCAAAGCAGAGAAUUUUGCUCCGAUGGAAUUUGGGGCGGUAUGGGCAGCCAUGGAAGAAUGCCAGAGAAUUGGGCUCACCAGAGCAAUCGGAGUCAGCAAUUUUUCUUCCAAGAAGCUUCUAGAAAUCCUGGCCACCGCCAAAAUCCCUCCCGCUGUCAAUCAAGUAGAGGUGAAUCCAUGCUGGCAACAAAAGAAAUUGAUACAGUUCUGCAAGGAAAAGGGUAUUCUUGUGGUUGCUUAUUCUCCUCUAGGGGCAUUUCGGACAUUUUACGGCACCAAUAGAGUAAUGGAAUCGGAAGUGCUAAAGCAAAUAGCCGAAGUCAAGGGGAAAACUGUUGCUCAGGUGAAUAUGAUUGAACAAAAACAUUUGACGUCAAUCCCUGUUUUACCCUUGUCUGGGAAUAUGUUGAAUUUGCAGGUGGCUUUGAGAUGGGCAUAUGAGCAAGGGAUUGGUGUGGUUGCGAAGAGUUUUAAGAGGGAGAGGAUGAAAGAGAACAUGGGCAUAUUUGAUUGGUCAUUGAGCAGUGAAGAAGUUGAUAUGAUUAGUGAAAUCCCACAAGAAAGAGCAUGUCUUGGAGUGGAUUACACCUCUAUCUAUGGCCCUUACAAGACCAUUCAACAACUUUGGGACGAAGAAGAUACUACUAUUUCAUAGCUAGUCUUCUCUUUUUCUGCAUAUAAAUCCACAAUCAUAAUCUGUGUACAAUAUUCUUGAGUUCUUGAGUUUAUAAACUCAGCCAAAAGCAAAGUAGCAAAUGUCCCCUUAAUCUCCAUAUGUGUUAGAACGAUAGCAAGUGGGAUGUCCUUAUGACGUGGCAGUGUUGUGGGAUAUCCUUAUGACGUGGCAGGAUGUGUUUUUGGAUGUCCACCGAGAUAUCUGUCCCUAUUGUGGAUACUCUUGUUAUUGUUAUUAUUUUCUUUUACUAACGUA